AUGGCCUCUCCAAUUGACGAUAUUUUUUUAGAAAUAGAAACUUUAAUUGAAUUGCAGCUCCAAGAUAACAUUCAGAACCAUUCGGAAGUAGAACAAAAAUUCAAGGAUGUUUUUAUACUAAUUAAUGAUAUCGAGGUUGAUGACGAGAGCCAACAUGGGUUAUAUAGAUAUAAAUAUCACACCAAAUAUAACAGCUACUUAAAAACGAUUGGUAAUAUGGAAAGUGCUAAUAAACAAGAAAAAUUGGCAAAAAAAUUCGAAAAAUACUCGAAUACUUAUUCCGAAAAAAUGCCAUUCAAAAUAUUGCUUGAAGAUGUUAUCGUUAAUCAAGACUGUAAUCGUAAAGAUGAGAAAGUAGAAGAAGUCAACAAACUAUUAAAGAAUGAAAACGUUGAGGAAAUCAACAAACUAUUAAAGAAUGAGAAAGUCGAGGAAGUCAAUGAACAAUUAAAGAAUGAGGAAGUCGACGAACCAUUAAAGAAUGAGAAAGUCGAGGAAAUCAACAAACCAUUAAAGAAUGAGAAAGUCGAGGAAGUCAACAAACCAUUAAAGAAUGAGAAAGUCGAGGAAGUCAACGAACCAUUAAAGAAUGAGAAAGUCGAGGAAGUCAACAAACCAUUAAAGAAUGAGAAAGUCGAGGAAGUCAACCAACCAUUAAAAAAUAAGAAAGUCGAGGAAGUUAACAAACAAUUAAAAAAUGAGAAAGUUGAAGAGGUCAACAAGCUAUUAAAGAAAUUCGACGAACUUUUAAAAAGUACGAGUAAAAUUUUAGUAGACGAAUUAACUGAAACUGAUUUAGCGAAUAAAUUUAUUGCUGAAAUAGAACAAAUUUUCGAAAAACUUAAUAGAGUAAUUACGACCUUUGAAGGCUACGGUGAAACCAUAAAAUAUGAGAAUUAUUUGUGUAAAUUAGCUGAUAAUUUAAUCAAUGAAAAGUUGAUCAUUCUGGAAGCUUCCGAGACUUCGGAUAAUAGCAUUGGUGUAGGCAAACUUAACCACAAACCUUCAAAAGUGAAAAAUAUUAGUACAGAGUUGAUAGAUUGUCUGAGAAGUCUAAAAUUAUUGGCACGUGAAGAGGAGAUUAAUAAACGUGCUAGAGUUUUUGGAUCAUAUUUUCAUCCAGAUAGAACUAAAAACCCAUGUUGCCCAUUGGGGCUUCAAGGAGUAUAUAAAAGUCAAGGUGAUGAGUUAUUUAAACUAAUUUUCGGAUUCAAAGAGCAUUUAUUGAAUAAGUUGAAAAAUAGUGACUACGAAAAAUACGGAAAUGACCUUUGGAAAAUUACGAUGGAUUAUCAUAAUGCGUCAAAAGGGCAAUGGAGUAAGCUAAGAGUGUUAAAGGAAGAUGAUAUGAAGGAGCUUUCUGAUGAAGAGUUAAGGGAAAAAAGCACGUAUAUGGGAGACUUAGCCUAUCAUCAAUAUCGAGCGGCAUGCAAAAUUGCGGAUAAAAAUAAAUCAUUAAAAAGACAAUUAAAUAGUGAAUUCAAUAAUGCGAUGGUUUUAAUAAGAGAAAAAGACCAAGUGAUCUCCUUUAAUGACAUAAGGAUUAUUCGGAAUUCAAUCAAUAAAGAUUUAGAAAGUAUGGCAUCUAAAUUAUUGGUUGGAGCGGAUCGUAGUAUGGUUCGUUAUCAAUCAUCAUACAAGGAAAUUUUGCGUACAAGAAAGCAUGCAAAAAUGUAUAUGGCUAAAGGAAGUCUAGCUAUGGGAUGUGGUGGAGUAGGAGGAGCAACAGCGGUCGUAGGUGCCGGUGUAAAGAUUUUUUAUGCAGUAUUCGUAACUGGAAUUACGCCUAUAGGUGGUCCACUUUUACUCAUUGCUGGAGCAGCUUCGAUUGCUCUUGGAAUAUAUAGCGGUUGUAGUUUGUUUAAAAAAGGACAAAAUCUGUUAAAAGAGCCAAAAGUUCGAGAAAGGCUCAAUGGAAUAAUAAAUAAGGCAUUAAUCGCCUAUGAUGAAGGAAAAUAUCAGGACGGAAAAAUAAAAGUAAAUGGCACAUAUGCCGAUAUUAAAGCAAAAGCAAAGAGUUGUUUUGAAGAGGCGCUAAGUGAUGAACUUGUUGAGGAGGCAAGAAAGUUAGAUGACUGUACUAGCGAGUUAAGAAAAACAAGUAAAGGUGAUUUUAAGAGAUUUUUUAAAAGUACUUAUGAAGACACUCUAAAAAUGCCGUUCUAUUCAAGACUAGAAGAAAUACGUAACAUUGCAAGGAUUAAUAUUGUAAUACUGAAUAUAACAGAAUAUUCAAUGAGUGCAAUUGAAGAAGCCACCAAAAUCAUUAAGGAGAUUCGAGAAUCGACAGUAAAAAAUUAUCAUUUCGUUAGCGAAGCUGAAGUACGCUUAGAAGUCUUGGAGGAUUUCAUGUGGAUAGCUAGUGGAGAGAAUUUACCUGAUAAAUCUUUUACAACAUUUCCUGCAAUAUUACCCGCUGCAACGCAAUUGGCUCAGGAGUCGAAUGACAAUUAUAUUAAUUACUUGGACAAUCAACUGUCUUUUAAUCAGGAAAAAAAGCUUUACUAUGAUAAAGCAAUUUAUUUUCAGCAUAAGGCCGAAAAAGCAGCUAAAACUAACAAGUUAGACAGUUUACGUUAUUGGCAACGUGCUCAAGAAAGUUAUGAAACAGCACGUGAGAUGGAUCCUGGCAAUCCGAAUUAUUCACUUUAUUCACUUGGAUUUGCAAGAUGCUUACUAAACUUAUCUAAAUACACACAAGUUAUCGAUCUUUCUGAUGUAUGCCCCGUAUUAAAUUCUUCACCUGAAUACUGGCACUAUCGAAGUAUAGCUUAUUUUAAGCAUAAAAAGUAUAAAGAAGUUAUAAUUUGCAAUGCUGAGGCAUUGAAACUAGAUCCUAAAAGCAAUUUUCCCGAUAAAUAUAAAAAACUUGCCAAAAAAUUUGAUACAAAAAACAUGAUCGAAAACCGUAUUAACAACUAUAAAGGAGAAUUAACAUAUGAAAUGGAUUAUGAAAAAAAUUCACAUAGUGAUGUGUGUCCUGAUUAUAAUAUUUUGUCAAUUGAUGGUGGAGGAAUACGCGGAGUAUUACCUGCUUUAUUGCUUAAUGAGAUAGAAUAUCGCACUCAUAGACCCAUUUCUCACCUAUUUAAUAUGAUAGCAGGAACAUCAACUGGUGGGAUAAUUGCAGCUGGAUUAUCAGCACCACAAUUUAGAAUAAAUGAUUAUAAUGAAUACAAAUAUUCGGAUUUAAGACCGAUAUUUUCAGCUUCGGAACUAUUGAAUAUUUACAAAAAUGAUUUAGAAAAAUUAUUCACUAAAGGGUGGAGCUUCUUCAACAUGACCGAUAAAUAUACGAAUGAAGGUCGUUCUACUAUGUUUACAAAAUAUUUCGAUAAAACAAGAUUAUCCCAUUCACUUACUGAAUUGGUUAUCCCUGCUACAUAUGAAAAUUACUCGACAAAAUCUCCUUUAUUUACUCGCUAUGAUGCUCGUGAAAAUAAAGCAAACGACACUUUUAAUAAAGGUACUUUUUUGGAUGGAGGAAUAUAUCUCAAUAACCCAGCAUUAAUUGCUUAUGAAGAAGCGAUACGAUAUAAAGUUGCAAAUACAAAAAUAUCGGUACUUUCUCUAGGCACAGGAUGUUAUAUACCAGAUCCUUCAAUGCCUGAUCAAUAUAGAGAUUUACUUUUUUGGACACAAAAUCGUCCUACGAUUUCUGUACAAGAAGUUGAUACAGAUCGUCCUACGAUUUCUGUACAAGAAUUUGAUACAGAUUGUGAAAUGUGCAGUAGGUUAGGAAAUCUCUAUCAACGAUGGCAAAUCUUUUUUAAAGAACCGAUAGGGUUCGAUGAUUAUAAAAGUAUUCCUAAUCUUUUGGAAUUAGGCUAUCAAUAUAUAGAAGAGCUUGAUUUUUCAGAUGAAAAUCCCAUCAACAAGUUAGUGGAGUCUUUUGAGUACAAGCACUAUUUCUGA